UAACGUUCGGAUUUAUCCACGUGUCUUAUUCUCCCUCUCCGUCCAUCUAUCCGUUAACACUCUCUCUCUCUCUCUCUCUCUCUCUCUCCUGCAAUUCUUCUCCAUUGAACAAACCGAAAUUCUUUCUUCGUUUCAAGAAAAUCUAAAAAAGGAGAAAAAAAUAUUCGAUACAUACACAUUCUUUAUUGUGACAAUGGGAAAGAUACUAUGCGAUUCCACCACCGCCGCUGAACCGUUUCAAGGUUCGCCGGCGGCGGCGCUUCCAUGGAUCGAUUCCAAAUCUCCGUCACCAAUGGAAGCCAUCGGAGCCGUAGAUCUCGUCGUUCCGAUGAAUCUUGCCAACGAGGCCUUCACCGGCGGCGGCUGGGAGGAUGUUGUUGGUUUGGAAGAGGCGCAGCGACGGCACCUCCAGCGGCUUCACGCUAAGGGCGUUCUAUGGAAGCCGCCGGAGAUUAACGAUUCGUCGUUGUCUUCGUCGGAUCUCAGAUCUGUUGUUUUCCGUUUAUCUUACGGCGGCGAGGUUUCCUCCGACGGGAACUGUCUUUUCACGGCGUCGCAGAAGGCGAUGACGGUUGAGGAUAUUGAUUCACGGGAACUGAGACGGCGGACGGUAGCCAGAUUCUUGCAAGAUUUUGGAUCUGUGAGUUUUGAGGAGGGAGAAGCGAUUGACGAUGCGAUUCGGCAUAUGUAUUCGCCGGAUCUGAGAUUUGGUUGGGGUAUUCAUGUUGUUCAGGAGGUGAAGUUGUUGGCUAAGAAGGAGGAUCGGUUUUCUCUUGAUUCUGCCAUCAACGAACUCGUCCAUCUCGGCAUGCAAAGAGAAAUGGCGGCAGAGUCUAUUUACAAGGAGAGAUGCAUUCCAGUGAAUGACGGUCCAACAUGGGCCAAAUACAUGUUGAUAUCUGGUUCUCCUGAGGAUGAAUAUGAUAUCAUCACUUUGCAAUAUACUGAGGAGGGUUUAUUAUCUGUUGAUGAGAAUAGAGAGGGUCGUGCUGCAGCUUUUGGGGAUGAUAUUGCAAUUGAAUGUCUUGCGACAGAGUUCAAGCGGGAGAUAUAUGUGGUGCAAGCGCAUGGUUCAGAUGCUAUGGUUGAUGAAGAAAAUUGUGUGUUUUUCCUUCCGCAUCGUCCAAGGAGCGAAAUUGCAGAACUUCCCUUUUUCCUUUUCAUGAAAGGAACAGGUUGGUGUGGUGCUGGAGCUGACCAUUAUGAGCCCUUGAUCGCUCAGCCGUCCGCCUAUGUUUCCCAAGAAAAGGUUGCUGUGGUACUGUGAGUGUGAGGCUUUUUAGCCUGCAAUUUUGUGGAGUAGAGACUGAGUAGAAUUAGAGUUUCUCCAACCUAUUUAUGGCCAUUUUAGAAACAUUCGGCCGCAACAAUCUGGUUCUCCCAAAGACUAGAUUUGGUCCUGGAGUAUCUCAUUUUGUUGCACUUAUUUUGUUACUGACAUUUAGAUUCAAUCAUCUUUGACUCUCUUGCAUUUGACAAGCAGGUAUUGUCUGCAAUUGCGCUAGCCGCAGAAUUGUAAUAGUUUUCCGGCUUCUGUUUUGUUGUUCAUUGAGUUGAUUAGAGAGGGUUUUGUACUGUUUAGGUAUUGUGUCUUCAAAUUGAAGAGUUGUUCUUGUAUCUCCAUGGAUUUCGUCACUAUAAUGAAGUGGCUUAUUUUCUGGUCA